CCGGCGGAAGCCGCAGGGAGCGCGGCCGCCCGUGCUCCGCAUGUCCCCGCUCCCGCAUUCCCCCCACCCCGCGCGGAAGGGAUGGCGGGGAUGGGUGCGGCCCUGCUCGCGGGGCUGCUGGCGAGGCUGGCGCUGGUGCUGUACGGGCUGCACCAGGACCGCACCAUGCGAGUGCGCUACACCGACGUCGACUACCGGGUGUUCACGGACGCGGCGCGGCUGGUGACCGAGGGGCGCUCGCCCUACCGGCGGGCCACCUACCGCUACACGCCGCUCCUGGCCUGGCUGCUGACGCCCAACGUGUUCCUCACCGAGGCCUUCGGGAAGCUGCUCUUCGUGGCCGGGGACCUGGCGGCUGCUGUCGUCGCUUACCGGGCCCUGCGGCGCCGGGGGACCGCCGCCGGCCGCGCCUGUGGGUGCUGCGCCGCCGCCUGGCUCCUCAACCCCCUGCCCAUGGCCGUGUCCAGCCGGGGCAACGCGGAGGCGCUGGUGGCGCUGCUGGUGCUCGCCACCUUGUACUGGGUGGAGGCGGGCAGCGUGGGCAAGGCCGCCGUGUGCUACGGGCUGGCCGUGCACAUGAAAAUAUAUCCCCUGACCUACGCGCUGCCCAUAGCGCUCCGCCUGCGCACCGCGCCGCGCCGCGGGGAACGGGCCCUGGAUGCGCGGGGGGACAAAACGGCAAAGGUCACGUUUGUGGCGCGCCUCUGGCACCUUUUUGUAAAGACGCUGAACCGCGACGUGCUACUCUUUGGAACAGUUGCCGGAUCAGUGCUGGCUGCCUUGACUGUGGCAUUUUAUCACCUCUAUGGCUGGGAGUUCUUGGAGCACGCCUACCUCUAUCACCUGACUAGGAGGGAUAUCCGUCAUAACUUCUCUCCCUAUUUCUACAUGUUGUACUUGACAGCAGAGAGCAAAUGGAGUUUUGCCCUUGGGCUCGCAGCUUUUCUGCCCCAGCUGCUUUUGCUCCUGGUUGUUUCUAUAGCGUUCUACAGAGACCUUGCCUUCAGUUGUUUCCUACACACCACUAUUUUUGUGACUUUUAACAAAGUAUGCACAUCCCAGUACUUUGUCUGGUAUCUCUGCCUGUUCCCCCUCGUAGUGCCUAGUAUUAAGAUGUCCUGGCGUAGGGGCGUGCUGCUUCUCUUUCUGUGGUUCAUUGGACAAGGCCUGUGGCUUACUCCUGCAUUCUUUCUGGAGUUCAAAGGAUAUAACACUUACUUAUUUAUAUGGUUGGCAGGCUUGCUUUUCCUUUUAAUUAAUAGCCUCAUAAUUGUUCAGAUUAUGGCACAUUAUCAAAAAGAAGCACAAGUUGCAAAAAAACUGAAGCAACGGUAGUAAACUGACCAAAAUCCAGAAACAGCCCUACUGUCUUUGGCCGUGAGAGCACUGAUGGUUCUCAGUUCCCCUGAGCAGUGUCAGCGGGUGUACCUGUCUCCUGUGUGGGUUUUGAAACUGCAUUGCAACCCUCGCUCCAGCACUCCUCCUGCUCCUGACUGAAGUCUCUCGACCAGUUCAUCACUUAAACGUGUUUGAGGCCCUGGUGGAUGGGCUCUACCCAUCUGCACUGACUGUCUUCACCUGCUGCCUCUAGAGACAGUGGGGCUGUGCCCUGCCCUUUGACCCCUGUGCUGGGGCCACUAUCAGUUCCUGCUCAUACUCCCUUGUGGAGUAGCCCUGGCACCUUUUUUCUCAUUCUCAGUGUUAGUCUGAUGAGGACCUUGGCCUUUAUCUAGAAUAACACAGAAGAUAAUAAAGGUGGAAU